AAUAAUUAGUGUGCAAUAUUACUGUUAAAAUAUGUUGGUACAAUUUUCAUAGCAGAAAUUGAAUUAACGCAAAAAAACAAAUGCACUAAUCCAGCGAUUUAUUUCUGCAAGUUUCUAUAACUUUCUUCGCGAGUCUUUGAACCGAAACCGUUUCUUCUCAAAAAACACAAUUAUUCAAGCACAUCGUAAACAUCCAAAAUUUUCCCACUUUCACUUUCAACAAUAAAAAAUUAAGUCAUAACUGACUUACCAGAAUAUAAUCGCUUAUGGUAUUCCCAUCAGUUUGAGAUCUACCAGGUUUAUUUUCACUAGCCAUUGUUGCAGUGGCGAUGGAUCACUGAACAAGCUAAAUCAAUUUUGGAACAAUAAAAAUAAUGAAUUCAAAAAGAGAUUAGCUUUAUCGUGACGUAUCUGCCACUGAUUGUUGAUACACAUCGAUUAGAGUGGAGUAUCGACAAAACUAUUUUUUAUAAGUUUCGGUUUGAUGGCCACAAGGUUAUUGGAUUGCAGUCAUUUUGCCUUUUCGAAGUGAAUCACUUUCUUUGUCUUUUAUAAUAGUGUGAAAUAUUUUUUUGUUAGAUCAUUAUGACAAUGUUGGUAUAAUUCAGCUUUAAUGACAUCUCAGCUUUCUCACUGCAAUAUGCGACAAUUGUAGUUAUUAUGUAAAUAAAAACAAUGUUUAUUGUUUGAGUUUUCUGAAAAUGAAAAUAUAAAUAGAAACCACUUACUUGGGGACGAUAAGCAUCUGGAGAAAUAGACAUUUUUCUACCUGGAGAUGAUAUAUCGAUCAAACGAAAACAAAAGCACUCGUUUAAAUGUCUACAGGAGAUAAUGAACAAAACGUUGAUAAAACAUAAUAUAACGUUAAUCCGUCGGACUUUCGAUUAAAACAACCUUCCAGGCAAUGCCGCUAGAAUAAGCUCUACCACGAUCAAUUUUCCUCGACCAAUGGUAGUGACGCUCCCUCAAUGUUGUAAUUGCAAUAAUUUUGGCUUCCAAUGCAAACAUAUUGAGUGACUCAUGAAGAGGUGACAAAGGUUUAAAACGACCCGCCGAAACAUGCGAACUAGAUAAGAGAAUGUAGAGACUUUGCAAAUAAUGUCAAACCUAUUAACUAUCUAUAAGAGCAAUACGAAAUGUUAUUACUCUAAUAUUAAGCAAACUAUCUCCCACUCGUUGCAUUAUCUCGACUUUUACACAACUUGCGACAAGAAUGAAGAGAUUUUUGUCGGUUGAUGGCGUGUGAAAGGUGGUUUGAAUAUAAAUAAAGGAGCGAGGGAGACGACACCCUCAGUCCUCAAGAUGCCUUUGGUGAAAUGGUCAGUGGUUCUUGUGAUACUAAUCGGAGUGGCUUACCAAGUUCAAGGCCAGUUGGGUCUUGCUGGUAACAAUUACAUAGAGAAGCAGCUUUUGUGCGCUCUAGAUAAGGCUCCUUGUGACGCACUUGGCAAUCAAAUCAAAGGUGCUUUACCGGAAAUUAUCGGAAAGAAUUGUCAACGUUGUGAUUCAAGACAGGUGGCGAAUGCCAGAAGAAUUGCGCGAUAUGUGCAAACGAAAUAUCCUGAUGUUUGGAAUGCUUUAGUUCAAAAAUAUUCAGUGCAAAGUUAAUACAGAUGAAAAAAAAUUUGUGGCCCAUGAGGGGAUCGAACCCGCGACCUUCGCGUUAUUAGCACGACGCUCUAACCAACUGAGCUAAUGGGCCAGUGACUGUACGUUCUUUUCACUCUGUUAUAACAGUUUUUUAUCUAAAUUAAGCUUUGUAAUAAAAUUAUUUAUAAUUGAAAUCUUAUUUAAUUGUAAUUAUUUGCAACUCUUAAAAUAUUAGUUAACUAACCUAAUCUAUCUUAUUUCUUGCAGAAUUGCCGCUACGUAUAAAUAAUGUAUUAGUAGUUGCCUAUAUGUAUAAACUAUACCUACUUGACAAAAACUAAUGCUAUGUAUGAUUGUAAUGUUAUACAAUACAAAAAUUAAAAGUACAAUAAAACUAUUUUUUAAGUA